AUGGUUUUUUGCAGGUUCCGAAGGCUUCGCGGCCCGUUCAGCUGCUUCAUCGUGAACCUGGCGGUGGCGGACCUCACAACGUCCGCGCUGCACGCCAUGGCGGCCGCCUCGUCCUUCAAAGGCCGCUGGUUGUUCGGCAAGACCGGCUGCAUGCUCUACGCGUGCGGCGUGGGCUACUUCGGCCUGCUGUCCAUCGUGACGCUCGCAGCUAUCGCCGUGGAGCGCUACUUGGUGAUCACCGCCAAGCCGCUGUCCGGCACCUGGAAGAUGACGCAGCGCGGUGCCAGGAAGGUGUGCGUGGGGGUGUGGAUCUACUGCCUGUUCAUGACGCUGCCGCCGCUGUUCGGCUGGAGCAGUUACGUGGCCGAGGGCUUCCUCACAUCCUGCUCGUGGGACUACCUCACGCGUAGCGUCAACAACCGCUCCUACUACAUCUACCUGCUGGUGCUGGGUUUCGUUGUCCCUGUGUCAGUCAUCACCUUCUGCUACACCUUCAUCAUCGCCGCCAUCUAUGCCCACGGCCGGGAGAUGAUCGGCGUCAAGGCCACAGGCGGUGGCUCGCGGCGCGGAAGCACCCGCAAGUCGCCCGGACUGCGCGCGCAGCUGUCGCGCCCCGCGGCGGCCCAAGCGCCCGGGCUCAGCUCCACCGUGCGCACCGCCCACAUCAUCGUGACGCUCGUGGCGCUGUUCCUCGUCUCGUGGGCCCCCUACACCAUCGUCACGCUCGUCGGCCAGUUCGGCGACGCGUCGCUCGUCACCCCCUGGGUGGCCACGCUACCCGCGCUCUUCGCCAAGGCCUCGGUGGUGUACAACCCGAUCGUGUACGGGCUGUCGCACCCCCACUUCCGCUCCAGCGUGCUGCAGUACCUGUCGACGUGCAAGACUGGCAACGACCUGCAGAGCACGUCGGCG